AUGAAGAUAAUAUGUGCAGGACUACAGAAAACGGGUACAAAAACCAUCGCAGAAGCUUUAAGAAUACUUGGAUAUAAUGUACAUGACGUAUUCGAACAGUUUUAUCACGAGAAAGAACUCUGGGACAAGAUCCUAAAUAACACUGUUACCGUAAAAGACUAUCAACGAAUCUUAGAAAAUGUCGAUGCAAUGACUGACUUUCCUGCGAUAGGAGUCUGGGAACAGAUAUAUGAAGCUUUCCCAGAUGCAAAAGUUAUUUUGAUGGUCAGAUCGAGUGAAGAUGAAUGGGUGAAAAGUGUAUUGAAACAGAGAGAAGUUGCAAAUGAAUACCUGAUCAUACAAAACGAUUUGUUCCGGCAUUUCCGAAUGCAUUUUAUCACAGGACCACUAGCCUUUGCGUUUCAUAAAAUAGAAACUGCGUUCACGAUAGCUUCUCUCGGAGUUCCAAGAAUGCAUGGGAAACCAUUACCAGAAGCAUUUUUGAGGUCACGGUAUCGUCAGCACAAUUCCUACGUUAAAUCAAUUUGCCCGAAAGAGAAACUGUUGAUAUACAACGUGAAAGACGGCUGGGAGCCACUGUGCAAAUUUCUGGACAAAGAUGUUCCAGAAAAAUCAUUCCCAGUUGUGAACAUCAAUGAUGAUGAUGUACAUAAUGUGUGGGGAAGUUAG